AUGUCGCACCACAAUCGUUCUCCAACUUCGCCGAUUCCCUCUGAUUCUCCGUCGACUCCUCCCACUCCAACUUCUCCAUCUCACCGUGCUCCCUUGAACCAUUCUUCUGACUCCCAAGAUUCACUUUCGACCCCGCCAAUUCGCAGUCCACCGUCUCCUCAGUUCAUCCCAGAUACAAGUGCCACUGAGGAUGAGAGUGAUUUUGACGAAGAUAACAAUAUGGGUGUUUUUGAAUUUUCCGGUCGGAAAUAUAGCCUUCGUAAGAUGCUUGGAGAGGGGUCCUACGGAAAAGUUUAUCUGGCGGUUGCAGAGAGCCGGCGAAUGUUCGCAGUCAAAUUCUUCAAAAUGCAGAAGGGAGAAACUCAAGAAGACUACGGAGCUGCAAUCGGCCCAGAGGAACGGGUCAAUCCGACCAAUUUGAAAAAAGUUAUGGCCGAGCAACACAAGCGUAAUAAGAUUAUGGCCGCCAAUAUUUUCACUCAUUUUGACACGUCUGUGCACAAGAACAUUGCGAAGAUCACUGGAAUUGGUUUCGUGGACUACGCACCAGACGAUUGUUAUCGAAAAGUGAUUUUGAUGCCACUUUACGGUAUUAGCUUGGCAACGAUGAUUGCGCAAUCCAAAGAUCUGGACAUUGAGAAUCGUCGUCUCAACGGGCUGAAUGAACAACCAAAAGUUUCGUUCAGAAUUCGUGAUAUCCAAAAGCUUGGAAGCGAGUUGCUGAGCGGCCUCGAGUUUCUCGCCCGAUACCGUGUAUUACAUUUGGAUAUUAAAAGUGAAAAUCUCCUAUUCAUGCACCACAAUGCUUUCCACGUGGAAUUCAGCAGAGAACGUCAUUCGUAUAUCGUCCCGGACCACUUGGACAUCGUUAUCUCAGAUUUUGGAAUGGCAAAACUGGACAAGGAUGUUGGUCCGAUUGCAGAACUUGUACAAACAGAAAUUUAUCGCGCCCCUGAGGUGUUCGUUGGUUGUCUUCCCAAUAAUCGAUCGGACAUUUGGUCUGCGGGAAUAAUCAUUUUGGAGUUGUAUACAACUGUUGAUGAUUUCGAAUCACCUAUUCCAGAUCAGCAAGAACUGAGACGCUUCCGGAAUCUACAGUAUGCACUCAAGGAUUAUAUGACACCAGAACUCUGGGAGGAGGCAGCAAGAACUGAGGGUGGAGAUGCUGUUCGUGGUAACAUCAAGCUCUUCGACAAUGGUCCGGCCGAUCGUUCUGCUCCACGUCUGUCUGACCUGAAAAGAAGCCACCACGCCGACCUACUCUUCGCAUUCCUUCGUGAUUGCCUCGUUCUCAACUGGAACCGGCGUCCUUCCGCCAGACAGCUGCUCCUCCACGAUUUCUUCCAGAAAAAAUGA